CACACACACACGCACGCACACGCAAGACCGUUCCGUUUUCCUCGCCUGGCUUCUCGCUCUCGGGAGCCUUGUGGUAUCAGGUACGAGAGGAAAAGAGGAGAAGUUCUUGCCACGAUGCGGCGGGACGUUCGUAUCGUCAUCGCUGGCGACGAUGACACGGGCAAGUCGACGCUCAUCACGAGCCUCAUUAAAGAGGCCUUUGUCGAGCGCGUUUCGGCCAUCGUUCCCGAGAUCACGUUGCCGCCAGAGGUUGCGCCCGAGGGCGUCGUGACUAAGAUCGUAGACACGAGUGCAUCACCCGAGAGGCGGCCCCACCUCGAGACGGAGCUGCGACGGGCAUCGGUCAUCUGUCUCGUCUAUUCCAUCUCUGCGCCGUCGUCUUUCGACAGGAUCCCCACCUACUGGCUUCCGUAUAUGCGCUCGCUCGGUGUCAACAAACCCGUCGUCCUGGUCGGCAACAAGAUCGACCUUCGCUCCGGUGAUGUCACCAAUGCUGCGCUCGAAGAGGAGCUGGCCCCGGUCAUGUCCGAGUUCAAGGAGGUUGAGACGUGCGUGGAGUGCAGCGCAAAGAUCCCCCUCAACGUCUCCGAGGUCUUUUACUUUGCCCAAAAAGCUGUGCUAUACCCCACGGCGCCCCUCUACGACUCGCGGGAGCAUGCGCUCAAACCGGCGUGUGUCGAUGCAUUGAGACGCAUCUUUCGCCUCUGCGACUCGGACAAGGACGGCCUGCUGAGCGAUGCCGAGCUCAAUGAUUUCCAGCGCAAGUGUUUUGACGCACCGUUGCAGCUGCAGGAGCUCGAGGGAAUCAAAGACCUGGUCCUCCAGGCACCCAUCGCUGGCACACGCUUUCCCUACGACCACCUCAGCGCCAGUGGCAGCACCUCGUCGAGCGAUCCGUCGGCGAGCCAGGGUGGGGUCGCCGGUCGCAAGAAUGCAAGGGCGCACCCGCACCUGCGCAACGGAAGCUUGACGCUCUCAGGCUUUCUCUAUCUACACACGCUGUUUAUCCAGCGCGGCAGGCUGGAGACAACGUGGACUGUGCUUCGGACCUUUGGCUAUGGGUCCGAUCUGACGCUCGAGGACAGCUUCGUGCGACCAACUUUCCACGUUCCUCCAGACUGCAGCGUCGAGCUGAGUCCACACGGCUACCAAUUCCUAACCGACGUCUUCGAGGCACACGACAAGGAUCGGGACGGAGCACUUUCACAAAAGGAGCUCGAGAGCCUCUUCCUCGUCGUGCCUGACGAAAGCCACCCGUGGACCGGCACCGACUUUCCCCACACGACAAUCACCGACGAGCACGGGGCCGUCACGCUGCAGGGCUGGCUGGCACAGUGGAGUAUGACGACGCUUCUCAACCACAAGAUGACCCUCGCCUACCUUGCCUAUCUCGGCUACCCUUCCUUUGUGGGCCUCGAAGGAUCAGGCGCGAUCAACGGCACGCCCGGAGGCAGCGGCAACGGAACGAUGAGCACGCCGCACAAGUCUUCGACUGCUUCCAGCUCGUACUCGCCCCCUGGGUCUGUGCCUAGAAAUCGCAACUCUUCCUCGAGCCCCUCGCCUCCACCGACGACAACUGCACUCAAAUUGACGAAAUCGACACGAAAGGAGACGAACAAAAAGAAGAAAAAGGGAACGCAAAGGAAUGUCUUUUUGGCCUAUGUGCUUGGCGCUGCGGGAAGCGGCAAGACGUCGCUGCUGCGUCACAUGGUCGGCAAGGGCUUCGACGAGCGAUAUUCCCCCACGGGCCGCACCAUGAGCGUCGUUUCGGCUGUAGAGCAGGACGGCGCAGAAAGGUAUCUGGUCUUGCAGGAGUUUGGGUCGCGGUACGAGGCAGAGGCUUUGCGAAACGUGGGCAAAAUGCCCAGUGCCGACGUCGUCGUCUUUGUCUACGACUCCUCCGACACCAACUCCUUCUCCUACCUCUCAAAUCUUCGCCAGCAAUUCCCCUCGCUGGCCUCGAUGCCGUCGCUCUUCGUCGCCACCAAAGCCGACCUGGACCUGGCUCAGCAGCGCCACGAGGUGCAGCCAGACGUCUACUGCGCCAAGCUCGGUCUGCGCAUCCCUGGUCUCGGAUCCGGUGCAGGGCCGAUAAGCGUCUCUGCGCGCAUGGAAGAGAUGGCGGACCUCUACUCGGUCAUCCUGGCCAUCGCAUCGGACCCGCGCGGGGCCACGCCUGGCGGUGGCGUAGGCGAGGGGGCGCUGAGCUUUGCGACGCAGGCACGCUGGGCCCUCUACAUCUUUGCAGUCGUGCUCGGCGGAGGUGCAGUCGCGACGGUGGGAAUGCGGGCCUGGCGCCAGGGGGGCACCGCGGGUUUCCUCGGCCUUGGCCUGGGCCUGGGAAACGGCGGCGGAUCCGCCUCCUCGUCAUCGACAUCCAACUGGUCUCUUUCGUCAUCCACCUCGCCGUCCACCUCAUCCUCCUCUGACUUUCUGGGAGGAUGGCUCGGCUGGCUCUGGAACGGUGCUGGCUCGCAAAGCACGAGAUCCGAUUUGUAGUCUUGUGCAAUAUUGUCACCACUCAAUAUACCCUCCGCUCUUCCCCCACUCAGAUUGCCCAUGCAUGAAGCGCAUUAAUUUCCCAUUGCUCCCAUGGAAGCGCGAGCGACGAGAUCAUCAGUACUCGCUUCCGAGGCUUAUAAUUGUUGUGUUGCAUCGGCCCGGAAACUGAUGCAACCCCCGAUGUAGGUCCACAGACUCGGGAAGAGCCAUCGGCGUCGUUGCAGCAAGGCAUGCAGCAUCGGAUGUCCGGAGGAUUAGACAAGGACCCCCUCUUUGGCGCCGCGUGCCUGCGUCACAUCGUCCUUUCACGCGGUCUGAUCUUAUCAUCUCUGGCUGCCUGGGAAGAUUCUCUUUUCCUGCCUGGUGUCCCGACUGGAAAUUAGAGCUGUCGACACAGUCAGCCGCGGGACGACGAACCCGUCCAUCCACAAAAAGCUCCUUCAUUUGCUGAGCGCUAGCUAGAGAGCGGGGG